GUGACCUACGCUGCGCGUACUCUUCAUCGCAACAGGCAGCGUCGUCGGAGUGCUUGCCACGCCUUGCCCCGUUCCGUUAGACGCGACGACGCGGAGUCUGCCCCGGCGAUGCCCGGUAGGCGGGAGACGAAGCUGGCGAGCCUCCACCACUGCCCACUUGCUUGCUCAUCUCCACCUCCGCCGGCACUGACUCCUCCACUCUUCGUUCUCAUUCAUGGAUUACAAGAUCAUCCAUUGUUCUCAGCACGACAUUUUCUGGUUCAUGCUCACUUGAUUUAUCUUCGGCCUUUCUCAGCGCACUCCUCGCGUCUCCCCCACUUCUCACCCUCACCCUCUCCUCCCCCUCCCCCUCACCGCCAUGUCCGGCAUCCCCAAGACACACCUCCUGCUCGUCGGCGGCAUCGGCCUCGCCAUCGCCCUCUACAUCGCUUCAGUGCUCACUGGGCAGCCGACACCUGUCUUGAAACGCUCUGUCCCCCACGACAAACACGAGUGCAAGCACUCGCAUCACAGCACACACACACAGGUCUCGCCCGUGCGCUGCCCCGCGCAGCCUGACGUCCGCAAUGUCGGCGGCGAGUGGAUCCUCUCCAGUGCCACGGACAAGCAGCAGGCAUACGAGCGCCUCGCGGCGGCCAUCCGCAUCCGCACCGAGACAUUCGACGACAUGCCGAUGAACGCCUCGGACCCCUCCUUCGACGUUUUCUACGACUUUGAAGAACACUUGCGCACGACCUACCCCCUCUUCCACAAAGCCACAACUUUCGAACGCGUCAACACCCACGGCCUCCUCUUCACGUGGCGCGGCACCGACGCAACCCUCAAGCCCAUGAUUCUCAUGGCACACCAAGACGUCGUGCCCGUCAACGCAGUCACGUGGAGGUUCUGGACGCACCCGCCGUUCGACGCACACAUGGACGCGCACGGCUGGGUGUGGGGGCGCGGCACGACGGACAUGAAGAGCACGCUCGUCGCGCUCAUGUCAAGUGCGGAGAAGCUGCUCUCCGAAGGCUUUCAGCCUGAGCGGACGAUCCUUUACUCGUUCGGGUUUGACGAGGAGAUCCGGGGCCCGCGCGGCGCAGGCCAUCUCGCACAACACUUGUUGGCGCGGUAUGGGCGCGAUGGCGCGGCGCUCGUCUUCGACGAAGGCUUCACGGGCGUAGACACAGAGUAUGGGCAACUGUUCGCACGCGUCGGCCUCGCCGAGAAAGGGUGCUUCAACGCGCGCCUCACAAUCAUGGCGCCCGGCGGCCACUCCUCCCGUCCGCCACUGCACACCGGUAUCGGGCUCAUGGGCCAGGUCUUCGUCGCGAUGGAGGCGGAGCGCGGCCCCAUCCGCCUCGAGGCGGACAACACGCUGCUGGGGUAUCUCGAGUGCGCGGCACAGCACGGCACCAUGGACCCGCAGCUGAAGGAGAUGGUGCGGUGCGCCGAGUGCUGGCCCGCGCUAGCGGACGAGCUGGCGGGCGGCGCGAGCGAGCUCUUCCUGCGCACGACGCAGGCCAUCACCCUCGUCAACGGCGGGAACAAGUACAACGCGCUGCCAGAACACACGACGGCGCUGGCCAACUACCGCACGGUCUUCUUCGAGACGUCGCAGGACGUGAUGGAGCGCCUCGCGCGCGUCAUCGCCCCCAUCGCCGCCGCCGCCAACAUGACGUUCGACUACCAAGGCUCACAUGCACACGUGCGCGACAACGUCGUGCGCCUGCACACGGACGGUAUCGUGCUCGAGCCCGCGCCGCUCACGCCGUCCGCGGGCGCCGCGUUCGGCCUCGUCGCCGGCACGAUCCGGCACGUGUUCCCCGGCGCGAUCGUCGUGCCCUCCGCCAUGACUGCGUUUACGGAUACACAGUACUACUGGGACCUGUCGAAGCAUAUCUACCGCUUCGCGCCGGCGAGCAUGGCCCAUCUCCUCAACUACCACACCGUCGACGAGCGGAUUCAUAUCGACGCGCACCUUAGUAUGGUGCGCUUCUUCUACAAGCUCAUCCAGAACAGCCAGGGGUGGCGGGAGGAGUAGCGCCGUGGCAUUGCGGGUGUCAUGUAUUGGUCUGAACUGUGCAUGCAUGCAUCUAGACGCGAG